AUGCUGGUCAGAUCUCUUGUCAUUCCGUGUCUGGCAUGGGCCUCAGGUUUUGCCAGGCCUUCGCGCCAGGACCUGGAUGCUGUAAGAUCAGAAGUUCGUCACCUCUUCAGCGGAGGAUAUGGAGGCGACACUGCCACUGUUGCAUUCUAUGAGCUCCUGGGCUGGGGCCUUGAACCUGACUUUGCCUUGGAUCUUGGAUUGUGCAAGUUGGCUUGGCGGUGGAUUGCCAAACCGCCAGUGUGGCAUGACCUGUUGCCACUAACCGCAAUGCCAGCAACCUGGAUAGCUCACCUGCCUCAGUUCGGUGAUCUUUUGCAUAAGACAGGGUGGUGGACAAAUGCCCGAGCCGACACCAUUUUCCGGAGAGAUGCCAGUGGAGGCCUCCGAAAAGUUUGUAUUGGAUUUGAAAAUUUUUCGGUCUUGAAGGAAGAUUUUUAUAGAGGGCAGUUUUUGAUGAGGUGCCGUCGCAUUGCAAAAUCGCUGCACAGAGCUGCCGCACCCAAUCUCGCACAAGGUUUGGACCUCCAGAGUCCCCCGCCGGGAUACAGGGUAACGUUUCAGGGUCACCGCGUCAUCCUCAAUGAUCGUUCCUCUGAGUAUAACCGCCGAGCGAAUGCUAAUGCCCCGCAGGAUGCAAUCGCUGAGCGCUGCAGCUGUAUGUGUGGGGAUGUAAGGCCGAGCCGAUCGCAUCUUUUGUGGGUCUGUCCCAAAACUAGUGACCUCCGCAAUGGUUUGAGCCCGCCGCAGCAUCGUGGAGAGGAGCGCCUCCUAACCAAACAUGUUCCAGAACAGCCUCCGCCGCCCCCGGCUGUUGACACAACUGGACUCACUGAGGAGCUCGCCGAGGCCAUUGCGAACGAGCUGCAGGGUGCUGAUCACAUCGUAAUUGCCACGGAUGGUUCUGCAAAAAAUGGAAUUGCGGCGCAUGCGGCGGUCGUCAACAGACCUGAUCAAAUCUUCGCGGGAGCUGAUAAUGCUGAAGACCAGUCAUCCUUCAGAGCCGAGAUGUGCGGGUUAAGACUCACCCUCGAGGCUGUCCUGUUGGCGGCCCAACGAGGCGCCAGAGGCCGCAUCUUUGUUGCAGUCGACUGCGAAGCGGCACUAAAGGCUCGCUUCAAUUGCCAGGCGAUGCCCCUGUUUGGAGCACUGUUAUCGUCCCUUGUAGCCGCUGUUCGGGCCCAAGGUGUCACUUUGACCUUCUUGUGGGUUCCUGCUCACGGGAGACAUCUGACUUGGCAGCCGGCGCACCCCGCUUUGACAGCUGAUCACGUUAGAUCCCUGAACUCUGCGGCGGAUCAAGCGGCCAAGGCUUGUGUUGCAAGGCGCCUACGUGGAUCGCUUCGUGAAAGGUGGCAUGCUGAGGCUGCUACGGCAAAGGAGUGGGAGGUGAAUGUUGUCCGUGCUUCUGCCAAGGCUGCGGAGCGACUGCACGAGCAUCUCAAAGGUAUCAGGGCCCUCCCCCGGGAGGUCCGUCGAUGCCUGCCUGUCGCACAGGGCCUCCCCCAAGGGGCCUAG